CCUAAGUUCAACCCUUGGUCAGCCUGCCCGAUCACUUUUGAUCGCAGGGAUGACCUGACAAGUAUCCGGCACGGAGGAUUGGCUGCCUUGGUGCUAGACCCAAUUAUCGAGGGAUACCAUCUCACCCAAGUCCUCAUGGACGGCGGCAGUAGUCUUAAUCUGAUAUAUCAGGACAGAGUCCGCAAAAUGGGGAUAGACCCGACGAGAAUCAGCCAAAGCAAUACUACCUUUAAAGGAGUAAUGCCAGGCCCAGAGGCCCACUGUACGGGCUCUCUAGUACUAGAGGUUGUAUUCGGUUCUACCGACAACUUCCGAAGUGAAAAGUUAACCUUCGAAAUCGCUCCAUUCCGAAGCGGCUAUCAAGCACUACUCGGAAGAGCAGCUUUCGCUCAUUUUAAUGCAGUCCCGCAUUACGCCUCUCUUAAGCUUAAGAAGCCCGGUCCAUGUGGCAUCAUCAUAUCGUCAAGACCGCGGACACGGCUAGACGAG